AUGGCGGAUCGGACAAUGAAGAGGCUUUUGGGUAUCAUUGAUGAUGUAUUGGUUAGAGUUGACAAGUUCAUCCUCCCAGCAGACUUCGUUAUCCUAGAUUGUGAAGUGUACUAUGAGGUGCCUAUCAAUUUGGAUAGACUUUUCCUUGCUACGGGAAAGGCUCUAUUUGAUGUAGAGGCCGUUGAUGAUGCUAGUGCAACAAUCAAUGUUCGGGACAAGUUGGAAGCCAUUUUGCUCAACCUAGAUGAUGACGAGGAGAGUGAUGGCUAUGUGGAUUCGUCCCUUUACAAGGAGAAAAUGAAGUACUUGCAUGACAAGUACACCCACGACAAGGAAUUUAAGGAGCGUGAUCUGGUGCUUUUGUUAAAUUCCAUGUUAAGAAUGUUCCCGGGCAAGCUGAAAUCAAAAUGGAGUGGGCUCUUUGAUGUAGUGAAUGUAACCACUUUUGGUGCUCUAGAUUUAAAAAAUAAGAACAAUGAGGUGUUUAGAGUUAAUGGGAAACGGGUUAAGCAUUAUCUGGGCAAGGUUGAUGAUGGCCAUAUUGUGGCGGUUCUCCAUUUCUCGUGA